AUGGCUGGCAGGUCUGUGCCCCCCGGACGCCAGGAGGAGGACACUACCAAAGACCCCGGGCUCAAACGAUCGCCGGUGAGGCCUCCAGGCCACCUGCCCAGUAUUGAUGAGGCGCGACUAGCAGGUCUGGGCCCGUCCUCCCGCGGUGGCUCUGUGCUGGGCCCAGCCUCGUCCUUCUCAGGUCGCAACUCGCUGGCAGGACCAGGCGCAGGUCCGGGGGGUCGACGACCAUCUCUGGGCCCAGUGCCUCCUCUGGGCUCAAGGGUGAGCUUCUCGGGGUUGCCCCCAGGCCCCCUGCGUUGGGUGGCGCCCUCCUACCGCACAGAGCCUGCGCCAGGGGAGCGCUGGGAGGCCGCGCGCGUACAGCAAGCCCUGGAGGCUGUGCUGGCUGCUCGGCUGUGCCACGCUUGCUACUCGGGCGCUGAGGCCGGGCCGCUGGCUCGCGAGCUGUGCGAGCUGCUGCGUGUGCGCCUGCGCGAACUCUGUCCCCCGCGCUACAAGCUCGUGUGCAACGUGGUGCUCGGGCCGCGCGUCGGCCAGGGCGUGCAUGUGGGCAGCCGCGCACUCUGGGACACCGAGCGCGACGGGCUGGCCUCCGCCGCCUUCACCAACGCCUCCCUCUUCGCCGUGGCUAUGGUCCACGGGCUCUACUGCGAGUGA